UUAAGGUGGAUGGAAAGUACAGAUACAGUGGCUUUCAGGUCUAAAAUACAUAAGGCUACGAUAAAGUUAAUCGAAAUGUACUAACCAUCAGAAAAUUCAAUUUUUACUACUGUGGAAAGGCUUAAUAUAAACUGUACGGUGUGUUUACCAGUAGUCCUGAAAGUAAAGACCGGCUGCCCUCUUGUGGAUACAUAAAUACAACCUGAAGCCAAUUUUAUUAUAAACAUUCAAGCGUCACUUCCGCUUACAUUUAGGCAGAACAGCAACACUGCAGAGCUUUAUGCUCAAAUAUUUUUAAACAGCUCAAACCAAAAAUUAAGACAUUUUGAUAUAAAAUAUAUUUGGCAUUCGCUGUCAGUCUCUGCUUUGAAGAAAUCAAGUCAUCGCCGGUACCCGUGCGUUGUUGCAAUAAUAGCUGUAGCGAUGAAGGAAGAUGUCUCUGCAGUUUCUUGAAAUGCUGCCCGAGCUCAAGCACUCUGGUGAAACCAAGGCAGAAUGCUGGGACCCAACACAGACUUGGACACACUGGAAGAUGUAAGUUCAGAAAUAGACAACACAAACAAUGAAGAGGUGCCACCUUAUCUGAGGGAAGAGCCACCAGAAGAUCCUGACAAAGACCACCCAAAAGCAGAGUCUGGAGUGAUCUGGAGAGUAACGGGAGGCCUCUUCAAUAUGACAAGGGGAGCUGUCGGAGCCACUCUAGGUGGGGUUGCCUGGGUUGGCAUCAAAAGCUAUGAGCUCACCAAGACAGCAGUGACGAGCGUGCCUGCGGCAGGUGUCGGUUUGGUGAAAGGAAGCGUCUCCGUGGUAACUGGAGGAGUUGGGGCUGUCGCCAGCAAAGUUCCCUUCACACCAAAGAAGAAGGACAAGUCUGAUUAAAUCAUGUAUGCUGUAAUCUGUGUUUAUUUUUGGUUACAUUUUGGAUACACCUUAGUAAAGAUGACAGUGACUGUACCAGGGUAGGUACUGACUGAAGAAAGUGACCAAUAGGAUGUAUUAGCUUUCUUUAAACAUAGUCCACCCCUGCAGUGCUCUUGUCAUUUCGCUAUAAAAACGAGAUUGCCUUUCUUGCUUAAUACUUGUAAACAUGUCCAGAUGGAAACAAAAAUAAAAUAAAAAACGUGUUUGAAAUUUCUAUAUGAAUCUGUAGCAGACACACCAAGUGGACCAACACAGUGCACAAGGUUUGCUAAGUGACUGUUUACAGAUAAUUAUUUUGCUAAAGCUGGAUGUUGAUGCAGGCAGCAGGUAGGGAAAAAAGCUUAAGAGAUUUUAAAAUGUUGAAAAGAAUGCUCCUAAUCCAUCUCUGUCCCCAGGAUGCCUCGUCAUAAUUUCAGUUUUUGAUAGAUUGUAAAGUAGGACACUGCCAACUCGUUCUCGUGCACAUUAAUAUCCACCAACUGACCUUUUACCUCGGACCAAAUUGAAACAUAAAACCCCUGGGCUAGACAAGGCUCUCUGAUCUACAGUACAGCCAGGCUUGCUAGUGAAGUGAAACUCGUGGAAACACUAUGCACAAUGCCCUUGUUCUAGGGACUGAGCUACAGUCCUUGAGACUUACAUCUUGGGGAAAAAAACUUCCAUGUUCACAAGGCUUUAUAGUGAACAACCUUGUGGAUAUGUCAGUUUAGAAGUGCCUGCUGAUCUUAGAAUGCAUCCCUUUUAUGGCCAAGCAUCCUGGGACAUAUGUAUUAUACAUAGCUCUAGACACCUUGCUUUGUCAUGUAAUGCAUCCUCAUGUAAAUACUAAUGUAGUUUUAACGCUGUGCCUCAUUCCAGUAGAAGUGGUCCAGCCACAGCAUUCAACAUACUGUAUACAAUCUUAGUAAACUUACUUGUAAUAUUGACCAGCAUAUUCAUAUUGAUGUAUUUAACGUAAAUCUUGUAUUUUUUCCCAGAUUGAAUUUAAAUCUUGUUUUUUCCCCAGAUUUAUAAAUGUUGUGAAAAUAAAUAAAUCUUUUUUUAAAUGUGUACAUUCAGAUAUAAUUUAUAAAUCUAGUUACAAGAUUUAACAUUUCAUUAAAUAUUAAAUCUCUUAACUAGAUCUAACAUUUAGCUAAAUAUUGAACUAAAUAUUAAAUCUCUUAACAAUGGUUUAACAUGUACUUUGUGCUUUCCCGUGAUUUGAUUGGCUCUUGUUAUGCUAAUUGGUAAAUAUGCAAAUUUCAACAUUACAAGAGCCAAUCAAAUCGUGGGAAAGUGGGCGGAGCUCAUUUGCAUACACCCUCCAGAUUUAGCUGGCCAGUUAAAUAUUUAGCUAAAUGUUAAAUAUUGUUAAUAGAUUUAAGAUUUAGUUCAAUAUUUAGCUAAAUGUUAAAUAUUGUUAAUAGAUUUAAUAUUUAGUUAAAUAUUUAGCUAAAUGUUAAAUAUUGUUAAUAGAUUUAAUAUUUAGUUAAAUAUUUAGCUAAAUGUUAAAUCUUGUAACUAGAUUUAUAAAUUAUAUCUGAAUGUACACAUUAAAAAAAAUAUUUAUUUAUUUUCACAACUUUUAUAAAUCUGAGGAAAAACUACAAGAUUUUAAGUUAAAUCUGGAAAAAAUAUGUACCAGAGAUCUCUGUUUGGUUUUUUUUUCACUUAUUUAAGCAUCGCAGGGGUGAACAGCCACACGUAAUAAUUAAGUGUGGGUAAAGCAUCAAGUUUUGAGGGUAUGGAAAAAUAUUCAUGUUAUUCCGUAACCAUGCGUACACUGUUUUUGCAUAUAUGUAUUUUAAUGUGCCUAUGUAUUUCAACUAAAUGGUGAAAUGUACUACAUUUCCCUUGGGUUUAAUUAAAUAAAAUGGUUUGACAUACAGGAGAAUUAAUACAAUUCCAAUCGGAGAAAUGGGUAUUCACGAGUGUUAGUGAUAUAAAUACAGUUUAUUUUAAAAGAGGAAAUUACUGAAACUGAGGAAUCUACAUUUUCUAUAAUGUUAGCUGCAUUAUUAGGAGAGCUUUUGUUCUAUAACAUGGCCUUUUCUCAGUCCUGUUAAAAUACGACAAAAAGGACAAUGUGAUGUUUGGUGUAUUUUUUUUAUUCUUUUGUUUUGUCACUAAAUAAGUCACUGUGACUUUUCUUCAUUAGAUAGUGAUAUUUGCAAUGGAAAUCACUGGUUCAGCAUGUUAGUAAUGUACCAUUGCAUGCUUCUGAGACUGUAGCUAAGUAUAUACACAUAUAUUCUAUAGUAUUUAUUUUUGCUGGGUUUUUUUUCUUUUUAUUCUCUGUUCUACACAUAAAGGCAACGUAGGAAAUACUGUAAUGGCAACUCUAGUACUGUAAAUCAAACUAAAAGAGCAUUUAGAUUUUGUCAAUUAUAUAACUAUUUUUGCAAACCUGAUACUGUAUUCUAUUAAAUAAACUUUAAGUCUGUA